ACCCUCCCCUACCACCUCCUCCCGUUCUUUCGGUUCCGGCCACCACCAUGAAACGUGGCCUUCUUCUAAUGGGUCCAACCUAACUUGACAGCACCCAGCAUUACUCACCCUGCUGCCUUCUUCUUCUUCUUGUCCCCUUCUAUAUAUGCAGAGAAGUGAAGGCACUCUGCUUCUUCUGUCCAUCAUGACUCCUUGCCAUCUCCUUCUCUUCUUCUUCUUCUUCUUCUUCUCCUCCUCCUCAACCAACCUCUCAGAUCUCUGCCCACCGAGCUCCUGUGGCAAUAUCAGCAUUAGAUACCCUUUCCACCUCAGAACCAACGACGCGCCGGAGAGGGAAUUUUUCUGUGGGUAUGAGGGCUUCGGCAUCUCCUGCAGCAAUGGCAUGACCCCCAUCUUCACCCUCCCCAGCGACGUCUACGUGGUGAGGGAGAUCAACUACGAGACCAAGCAGUUCUCCCUCGUCGACCUCGACCUGCACUUCCUCCCCUGCCCCGUCCCGCACCGCAACGUCACCCUCAACCCUGCCUCCCCUCUGAGGCUCGACCCUGCUAACAACAACUUCACCUUCUUCAUCAACUGCUCCUCCUCGCCAUUCCUUUCUUCUGCCGGAUCUUCGCCUUUGAACGACAACCCCACCGCUCCCAUAACCUGCUUGAACUCUUCUUCUUCUUCUUUUGCUUCCGGGAGGCUAUAUGCCGUCCCAGCGCAUCAGGCAUCGUCGGCUAGGGUCGACUGGCAACCGGUCUGCAGCAGGUCUGUGUUGGUCCCGUACUCAGGCGUUGCCAGUAACCGGUCCGGCGGCGAGCCGGCGGUGGUGAGGAGAGGCUUCCUUCUGGAUUGGGGUCAGGACGGUCGCUGCGCCGCAUGCGAGGGGUCGGGUGGGCUGUGCGGGUGCGGCCGAGGACGGCGUUUCAUCUGCUUCUGCGACAACGGGGAGCAUGCUUCAGAUUGCCACGAUGGAGAUUCAGGGAAGGAAAGUCUAAGUUGGAAGAUCAUAUUGGGUAUCACUGCAGCUGCUGCUACCUUUGUUCUAGCAUGUUCGUUAAUUAUUUGGUAUUGGAUCUCAAGGAAAUCUGGGGAAGGAAAUGGAUGCUUCGAACCACACACUUCCGCGAAACUUGAAAAGUUUUUAAGUGAUUAUAAAUCCCUCACAGCCACCAGGUACACGUACAACGAAGUAAAGAGGAUGACAAACAAUUUCAAGCAUAAGCUCGGCCAAGGCGGCUAUGGCAGCGUGUUCAAAGGAGAUCUGACCAAUGGCACUCCUGUGGCUGUGAAGCUAAUGGAAAAAUCAUACAAUGAUGGUCAGGAAUUUAUUAAUGAAGUUGCCACCAUUGGCAGGAUUCAUCAUGUAAAUGUAAUCCGUCUUCUUGGCUUCUGCAUUCAAGGAUCUCGAAGAGCUCUCAUAUAUGAAUUUAUGGCUAAUGGUUCAUUAGAGAAGUUCAUUUGCUCAGAUGAGAAUAAUGGAUGUAAACGCCUGAUUGGAGAAAGACUAUAUCAUGUAGCUCUAGGCAUUGCCCGAGGAAUUGAAUAUCUGCACCAAGGUUGUGACAGACGAAUCAUCCACUUUGACAUCAAGCCGAAUAACAUUCUUCUGGACCAUGAAUUCGCACCAAAAGUUUCUGACUUUGGUUUAGCAAAAUGGUACCGCAAGGGGCAGAGCGUAGUCACUAUCACUGAAGGCAGAGGCACUAUUGGCUACAUUGCUCCAGAAAUAUUCUAUGGGAACUCUAGAUGUGUCUCAAAUAAAUCUGAUGUAUAUAGCUUCGGAAUGCUACUCUUGGCGGUGGUUGGCUUGAAAGACAAACUUGGUCCCACUGCCACCAAUUCAAGCCAGGACUAUUUUCCUCAAAUGAUCUAUGAGAGCCUUGGUCGCAAAAAACAGCCUGAAGAGAUCGGAGAAGGAGAAGACACUGUUAGAAAGAUAACCACUGUAGCUCUGUGGUGCAUACAGUGGAACCCAAUGCAUAGACCUUCUAUGGAUGAAGUCAUUAGAAUGUUUGAGAGUGAUAUAUCAAGCCUGAUCAUGCCUCCUAAUAACUUUUUUCCAGCAACUGAGCCGAAAAACCAGUUUGAAUCUUCAAAUACAUCAGGAUGUUCAAUCAGUUCAUGAUAUAUAAAACCUUCACACUUCUGAUUGCAACAAAUUUUGGUAGAAGAUUCAGUUUCACUUCCAAAUUUGCAGAAUCAAGUGAUGUGGUAGGAAAAGCUAGGAAGAGAUCUUUGAGGGAUUGACAUCAGUUCUUUCUCAAACUGUGGCUCGGCCUUUGUAAUGUAAAGCAAAGUGUAAUUCAUUU